AUGCCCAUUUUAUCAGUAAUAACAUCAAUUAUUAACACUUCACUAACUACGUCAGCCUAUCCUAUAGUUUGGAAAAUUGCCGAAGUUGCACCAAUUCCAAAGGGAAAGGAUCACCCGGAAGUGGCGAAUAAUAACAGACCAAUAUCAUUAUUACAUUUAUCAAAGGUUUGCGAAAGGGUUGCCUAUAAUCAAUUUGUAGAAUAUCUUACGUUGAAAAAGCGGCUUUCAAGCAAGCAAAGUGGUAACAAACGUGGAUUCUCGACCGAAACUUUGUUAAUUAAUAUCACAGACUCCAUGCUAAAUGCUAUAGACCAAAGGAAAGUUACAGCUCUGGUCUUAUUGGAUAUGUGCAAAGCAUUUGACUGUGUUAAUCAUAAUCUUUUGAUAUCAAAGUUACAAGAUAUGGGUGGUUCACAAUCGUGUUUACAAUGGUUCAGUAGUCACCUCUUCAACAGACAGUAG